UCUGACAACAUGUACACUUGCGUCCUCGUCGCCUGUUUACUCAUCGGCUCCACAUUUGCUGGGGAGAAAAAGGCAGAAACUAGGGAUAAGCGCGGGUUUGCUGGAGGCCAUGGCGGAGGUUACGGCGGCGGCUACGGUGGUGGUCACGGAGGUGGUGGCAGCUACCUAGUGGUAGGUGGCGGCGGCGGUGGUGGUCAUGGCCCCAGCGCCGCCGAUGUAGCAAACGAUGCUGCCAAUCAGGCUACUGCUGCUGCCGCAGGUUUAGGAGGAGCAGCCCAUGCUGCAGCCGCAGGAGCCGCAGCAGGUGCCGCAGCAGCCGCUAAUGCUGCUUCACAAACGGCCCAAGCUGCGGCAGCCAGCAAGCAGGCCCAGGCAGCUCAGGUGACGCAGGCGGCACAAGGAGCUCAGGCCGCAGCCUUCGCUGAAGGUUCUUUGGCCUCUAAGGCCAAUAUCGCCUAUCAAGCUGCCAAGGUAACCGCAUCUAUGGCCAACAGUCUUGCUGCCAAUAUUGCUCAGAUCCUAGCGGAGGCCAAGGCUCUGGCCAACCAGGCGGCCAACAGUUUGGCCGAGCAGCAGAACUUCCUGGCGGCUCAGAGGACCAUGGCCUGGCAGGCUCAGCAGGCUGCCAACUCCCUCAACCAGCAGCAGUACGUGGCGCUCAACGACCUGGAAGAUGCUGCAGGUGCGGCUGCCCAGGCUCAGGCCUCAGCAACCAAGGCCAUCUCCAGGGCCAAGGGCAGCAGCGGACACGGAUACGGCCGCCGCUAAGACGUGUACAUGACAGAAAGGAUGUAUGUAUUUCUAAUCUUGAUAUCGAAUUUCUCACAAUAUAUGCACCAUGAAUCAUACGGUGCAUGAUAAAUGUAAAAUAAACGAUAUUCUUUUAUGACUCGUGUUUCCAUUAAUAGGCAAGCUACAAUUUUCAAGAAUAUAGUGUAAAUAAUCCACAAUUAUAUUUAACAAAACAAGA